AUGUUCUGUGUCGCUCUCUUCGCUCUCUUUGCAUCCGCUGUGUCUGCCCUUCCCCUCGGUGGUCACAAUCACGUCCGCCGGUGCCACCACGGUGGAUCCUCCAGUGCAUCCGCCGCCAUCACGAGCUCUGCCACCUCCGCCUCCGCCUCGUCCUCUUCUUCCACCAAGUCCAAGUUCUCUUCGUUCGUCACGACUGAAUCCGCCACCGCAUCGGCCUCUCCCUCUCCCUCUGUCACCUCCUCCUCUGUGAAAGCUUCCGCUUCCGCCGUCGCCACGGACCCGUCCAACUUAAGCACCUCUUCUUCUUCCUCCUCGUCCACUUUGUCCUCCCUCCUCUCGAUCCUGUUCCCGGUCUCCCAAUCUGCCUCCUCGUCCUGGUCCACCGUAUCAGGCGCCGACAACUCGGUUCCGCUCUCCGACUCCACCUUCCAGCUCACGAACCUCAUCUCCGCUCUCUCCCACGACUAUGUGCAAUCCUCGGACUCAAAGCUGUCGAUGCAGGCGCAUUACCCUAAAGGGAGCUAUACGUUCACGCAUAGUCCGGAGGGAGGGUUGAGUUUCUAUGCGCCUGGUCCGGACGCUGUGGAUCUGACGACGGCGAAGGAGGCGACGUUUGGGUAUUCGGUUAUGUUUGAGGAUGGGUUCGAGUGGCAGAAGGGUGGGAAGCUGCCAGGUCUUUUCGGCGGUGACUCCUACGACGACUCCAUCUCCUGCUCCGGUGGCCGUCGCUCCGACGCCUGCUUCUCCGCCCGUCUCAUGUGGCGCGCCGCCUCCGCCGGCGAGCUCUACACCUACCUCCCUCCCUACGACGACGCCUCGGGCGACUACACCGCCAACAAAGCCGUCUGCGACGUCGCGCCCUUCUCGACCUGCAACCCCACGUACGGUGCGUCGGUCGGCAGGGGCGCGUUCUCGUUCGUCGCGGGCGGGUGGACGACGAUCAGUCAGAGGGUGAGGUUGAAUGAUGUGGGGCAGGCGAAUGGGGAGUUGGAGUUGUUUGUUGGGGGAGAGAGUGUUAUUAAUGUUAGUGGUUUGAUUCUGAGGGCGAGGGAUGCGGGGAGAAUUAGGGGGGUUCAGAUGCAGACUUUCUUUGGUGGCUCGACGGAGGACUAUGCAUCGCCGAAGGACCAGAACACGUACUUCUCUGACUUCUCGGUCGCGAUCACGGAGACGCUCUAA